AUACUGAUCGCGAGUGCGGAUUAGUUGUAGAUGAAAUGAGCAUAACACCUGGGCAUGUUUUUGAUCCUUCAACGAACAAAAGGCUUGGCGAUGUAACUUUUCCACAUACAGAAGGUAAAGCCACGCAUGCUCUAGUGUUAAUGUUAACUGGGACAGCUUGCAGGUGGAAGCAUGUCGUAGGCUAUUACUUUACAGGGAAUUCAUUUGAUAGUGAAACUUUAAAAGAAAUUAUGUUCCAGAUCAUACACAUGUCUGAAGCAAUUGGUCUUCGCGUCAAUAGUAUAACUUCCGACAUGGGUUCCGGGAAUAUGGGGGUAUGGAAAUCUUGUGGGAUAAGCACGGGUCGGUAUUCGAAGGAUACUGUUUGAAAGCUGUUCAACGGUCAACAAUUACAUGUUGUAAAUAUAUACAAUCUGCAGGUUCUAAAGUACCAGUACAGUUUAAAUUUUCUAAAUUAAUACGUUUAAAAUGCUACAAUACUAAUACCCUGCACUUUGUUAAUGAGGAAACAUUUUGGGUAUUCUUAAAAUUGGAAAAUAUUUAUCGACAUUAUCAACGGUAUUUUUCAAAAAUGCGUGACGUUAAUUUGCUAAAAUUUUUGUUUGACAAAUUUUGUUCCGUUCCAGCAGAUCACAUCUUGAACUGCCAUAAUUUGCGCCAAAAAUUAUUCAAAAGGUUUGCUACGAUUAGAUUGAAAUUUAAAAAGAAACAUAGAGCUUCAUCAUUGCGUUUUUACAAUAGUAAAUCCAUGGCUAUGCACUAUUCUUUUAUGUAAACGGUAUAAUUGAUGAUAUAGUAACAAUAAUAUUAAUGGUGGCUACUUUAAUGCAUUAUUGAUAUGUAUUGAUGCUUCAUUUGUAUCUGAAUAUACUUCGUAUGGUAAAACAUAAAAUCUUAUAGGUUUGCUAACAAAAGUUUAUUUUUUAUGUCAUGUAUAUAAUGCGCUAUAGGUACUGCCUAGUUGCAGAUUUCUUAACGUAUUAGGAAUCGGUUUUCCAUUACUCUUGUAAAAAAAAUUUAAUUUAAGAGAAAGUACAUAAUAUGCGAUAUAUUCUGUGUACAUGCGUCUUCAGUAAUAAUAUAAAUAAACAAGUUAAAAGUGUAGCAUGCUAUGUAUGUGAAGUAUAUGUGUAUUUAUCUUACAAAAUUAUAUUUCUUUUUUAUAUGGAAUACGAAUAUAUGUUAACUCUUAUAAAGUGUACAUACAUGGAAAUAAAUGUCUCAGGAUUGUUUA